UUUUUCUCAGGGGAUUUAAGGAUCGUUUCCCUAGGUGUUUGUUAUAAAGCACCGCAGAUUUUGGUUCAACCUCUCGUCCAUCAUUUGUCGUUGUACCUCCUACUUCAUAGCGCAAUGAACUAAACCCAAUCGUACGAUACAAUUUGCUGAAGUACUGAUAUACCAUUCCAUUGGCGGAAUCCGAAGCAAAAUGAACGCAAUUUUCGAGAGGAUCCAAGCGAUCCAAGACUCGCUCUCCGACGAGGCUCUGGCGCCACUCAAAAGCUACAAGUACCAGAGUGUGGAUAAAUCCUUCAUCUCUAGAUAUGUCCUGAAGCACUACUGGAAUGCGUUUGUCGAACUCCUGCCGAUGUGGAUAGCUCCGAACAUGGUAACCUUAUUGGGUUUCAUGUUCAUUGUCGGAAAUGUGAUGCUCAUAGAGAUGUUGAUGCCUGACCUUGUGGGACCUGGUCCCUCUUGGUUAUAUUACAGCUUUGCUUUUGGCAUGUGGAUGUACUCCACGCUGGAUAACGUUGAUGGCAAACAAGCCCGGAGAACGGGAACGUCUAGUGGGUUGGGGGAGUUGUUUGAUCACGGCAUCGACUCCUUGAAUUGUACGCUUGCUAGUCUACUAGAGACUGCCGCGUUGGGCUUUGGCUCCACGAGUCUAGGCGCCUGGACAGCUCUCGUUCCUUGCCUCGCAAUGUAUUUCUCCACCUGGGAGACCUAUCAUACACAUACACUCUACCUCGGCUACUUCAAUGGCCCUACCGAGGGUCUUCUGAUCGCAAUUGGUUUGAUGGUGGCAUCGGGCUGGUAUGGACCUGAAAUAUGGUCUCGGCCGAUCGUCGAGUUCUUGAACAUCCCCCAGAUCUUUGGAAACAACUCCAUGAAGGACCUUUGGAUUCCCCUCCUUCUCUCAUCGUUCUUUUUGGGGCAUUUGCCUGGUUGUGUCUACAACGUCAUUUCUUCAAGAAGGAAACAGAAUCUCCCCAUAUCCCCAAUCUUCAAGGAGUGGGUACCAAUGAUCGUCUUCACUGGAUGCAAUAUGGCUUGGCUCUUCUCUCCUUAUUCGAGCAUAUUGGCUGAUAACCGCUUGGUGCUGUACUGUUGGACAAUCUCAUUCGUCUUUGGACGGAUGACCACCAAGAUCAUUCUUGCGCAUCUGCUGAGACAGCCAUUCCCUCAUUGGACAAUCUUGCAAACCCCUCUAGUUGGUGGUGCCAUUUUAGUGAACUUGCCCUGGAUUGGUCUUCCCGGGAUGAGCGCGUGGGUGGAGCUCCUGUACCUGCGGGUUUAUCUCCUCUUUGCCUUUGCCAUCUAUAUGUACUGGGCAUUCUUGGUUAUCAACCGGAUCACGACUUUCUUGGGAAUUAAUUGUUUGACGAUUCGGCGCGACAAGUCGGCAGCCCGAGAGCAGGCUUACCGUGACAUUGGUGAGAGAAAUUUCGAGGAUGCCAAUACUGGUGGUGACACUAACGCUGGGCGCUAUAAAAGUCAUUGAAUAGUUUCUUUAACAUGGGCUGGUUACGUUAGCCAUGGCUGACCAGAUAUUUGUGUGUCCCAAGUUCGUUCUGAUGAGCACGCGCUCGGACUAUUUUGUUCCGACGGUGAAUCAUGACAGGAAUUCCCGAGUCGGCCAAUAGUGCAUAGGGAUUGAGACGGGAUUUGAGGUGUUUUCGAGAGGCCCAGACCUCGCAACAUCAAGAGCCCAUGGCCAGGCUACUGUAGCCUGACUUGGUCUAGCUUGUCUUCUCAACUAUAUAUACUUUCUGUAAUUACGUUUCUAAUGGCCUCUAUGGAUACGCCACUGGCACCACUUAUGAACUUACGACCUCUGUGGAUGGCUCACGCAAGAGUGAUUAUGAAGACAGGUUAUGGAUGCAAAGCUUCUGAUGGUAUAUAGUUAGAUAGUAUAAUAUUAAUGUCCAUAGAUGUG